AUUCCCGCCCUGCUUUUCGCCCGCCGUUCCGUGGCGGGAACUGAGGCGACUGUGGGGACAUUAGUGAUCGUAAGUCUCCUGCGCCCGUUAUUCUCAGAUUAGGUGACGGAGCUAAGACUUCGAAACUAUCUCGUCCUUUUUGUAUCGCGGAAACCUGAGGAACGAGCCGGCGGCGGUGACCUGCACGAGAAGCCAGGCCAACUGGUAACCUGCUGGAGGAAUUGCAAGCCCGCUUCGCCUUCCCCACUCCUGCCCUUGAUGCCCCUGUGAGGUCUUCCACCUCCUUCGGGGUCCCAGCCUAGUCGCCCUUUCAUGCCCUGGCCGCGCCCUUUGGUGAAAUGGUGGUUCCGGACGGCAUCUUGCAGACCCCGGCUUUGGGCUGUAUUAAUGUUUAACAGCCCGAGGCAAGGAUGGACUAAUCCAAUAACGUUAUAAAAACCUUGGCUGCUAACAGAUAUUAAAAAUUUAUUUUAUUUUAUUGAGCAUAUCCCCAUAUGCCAAGCAAGGAACUAUGUAUUUGCAUACAUUCUUUUAUUUAACUCAGUUGUCCUAUGGAAUAGGCCUUAGCUCCUUUAACAGAAAAGGAAACCGGGUAUCAUAGAUGGUAAUUCAGUCACCAAAUAUUAUGGAGCAUCUACCGUGUACCAGGCACUGUUCUAGGCACCAGGGCAUGUAGCAGUGAAAAAAAUAGAAUUAACGAGAUUUUUCAGGCAAGCUAAUGAUGCUUUUUAUCCCUGAAAACAGCCUGGAAGAAUGUUUACCUGCAUGUUAGAAAUAGUUACCUUUGGGUGGGAUUUUGUAUUGCUUUGUUGUUAAAAUAGAAACAGCUGUUUUUCUCAUAACACGCUCACUUGCAGAAAUCAAAACAAUGCAGAAAAGCAUGAGGGAUAAGAGUCCCUCACUUUCCCUUCCCCACAGAAAGUCUCUGAAGGGUGAAGUAACCAUGCAGGCAUUUCUUAAAGGCACAUCCAUCAGUACUAAACCCCCGCUGACCAAGGAUCGAGGAGUAGCUGCCACUGCGGGAAGUAGCGGAGAGAACAGGAAAGCCAAACCCGUUCCCUGGGUUGAAAAAUAUCGCCCCAAAUGUGUGGAUGAAGUUGCUUUCCAGGAAGAAGUGGUUGCAGUGCUGAAAAAAUCUUUAGAAGGAGCAGAUCUUCCUAAUCUCUUGUUUUACGGACCACCUGGAACUGGAAAAACAUCCACUAUUUUGGCAGCAGCUAGAGAACUCUUUGGGCCUGAACUUUUCCGAUUAAGAGUUCUUGAGUUAAAUGCAUCUGAUGAACGUGGAAUACAAGUAGUUCGAGAGAAAGUGAAAAAUUUUGCUCAAUUAACUGUGUCAGGAAGUCGUUCAGAUGGGAAGCCGUGUCCACCUUUUAAGAUUGUGAUUCUGGAUGAAGCAGAUUCUAUGACCUCAGCUGCUCAGGCAGCUUUAAGACGUACCAUGGAGAAGGAGUCUAAAACCACCCGAUUCUGUCUUAUCUGUAACUAUGUCAGUCGAAUAAUUGAACCCCUGACCUCUAGAUGUUCAAAAUUCCGCUUCAAGCCUCUGUCAGAUAAAAUUCAACAGCAGCGAUUACUAGACAUUGCCAAGAAGGAAAAUGUCAAAAUUAGUGAUGAGGGAAUAGCUUAUCUUGUUAAAGUGUCAGAAGGAGACUUAAGAAAAGCCAUUACAUUUCUUCAAAGCGCUACUCGAUUAACAGGUGGAAAGGAGAUCACAGAGAAAGUGAUUACAGACAUUGCUGGGGUAAUACCAGCUGAGAAAAUUGAUGGAGUAUUUGCUGCCUGUCAGAGUGGCUCUUUUGACAAACUAGAAGCUGUGGUCAAGGAUUUAAUAGAUGAGGGUCAUGCAGCAACUCAGCUCGUCAAUCAACUCCAUGAUGUGGUUGUAGAAAAUAACUUAUCUGAUAAACAGAAGUCCAUCAUUACAGAAAAACUUGCCGAAGUUGACAAAUGCCUAGCAGAUGGUGCUGAUGAACAUUUGCAGCUCAUCAGCCUUUGUGCAACUGUGAUGCAGCAGCUAUCCCAGAAUUGUUAAAGUGAAUAUACUUGGAUGGGGAGUUUUGUAAAUAAUGGGGUUGUAAUAAAAUGACCAAAAGCACCUUUAAA